AUGUCUAAUAUACUCCCAUUCACAGAGGCCAACACCAAGAGAGUGUCCUCACUCUUUAGACAAGCAUUAAGAACCGCAUUUGACCAUUCCAUGAAAUGGGAUGUCUACAGAAGAGAACAGAACAAAAUUAGAACCUUAUUUGACGCAAACAGUAAAAUUGAUGAUUCUAAAACCUUGGAAAAGGUCAUUGCCAAUACUGAAUCCAAAUUAGCUCAAUGGAAACAUCCAGAUCCAUAUAUUCCACCAUGUAGACCAGGUGGUACCAAAUAUCAAAGAAAUGCCUUCCUUCCUGCAGAAGAAAAGGUUUCAGGAGAUUGGUAG